UAAAGGAAGAAUCAGCUGAGAGAGAGAGGGAGAGGAAUGGCUGCUUCUCCACGUUAUUCCGGACCUCACAUAGUUCUCUUUCCAUUCAUGGCCAAAGGCCACACCAUCCCACUCCUCCACCUGGCUCGUCUCCUCCUCCAUCGUAACAUCACCGUGACAAUUUUCACAACCCCAGCAAACCAGCCCUUUGUUUCCGACUCUCUCUCCGACACAAAUGUCUCUGUCGUCGAGCUUCCCUUCCCACAGAAUAUUGACGGAGUCCCCGCCGGGGUAGAGAGCACCGACAAGCUCCCUUCCAUGUCCCUCUUCGUCCCUUUCGCCGCCUCCACAAAACUCAUGCAGCCCGACUUCGAACAAGCACUUGAGGCCCUCCCCUCUACCACUUGCAUCAUAUCCGACGGAUUCCUAGGGUGGACUCAACAGUCGGCGGCUAAGUUUGGAAUCCCGCGCCUUGUUUUCUACGGCAUGAGUAGCUACUCACAGGGCGUGAGCAGAUGCGUUAUGGUGAAUGGUCUACUUUCGGGACCCGAACUAGAUGACGAGCCGUUUAUCGUGACCGACUUCCCGUGGAUCAAGCUCACCAGGAACGACUUCGACGGACCCUUCAAUUUGCGGGGAACGAACGGCCCUUUCAUGGACUUCAUCAGAGAGCAAGUCAUUGCAACGUCAAAAAGCUACGGUCUACUUAUGAACAGCUUCUAUGAGCUCGAGGCACUAUAUGUAGACUGUUGGAACCAGGCCUUUAAACCCAAGGCAUGGUGUAUAGGGCCCUUUUGCUUAGCAGAAUCGACAAAGACUGAUUCUAAGGUAAGCCAGAAGCCCACUUGGUUACAGUGGCUCGACCAAAAACUAGCACAAAGGAGUUCUGUUCUUUACGUCGCGUUUGGAUCGCAAGCAGAGUUAUCUUCUCAACAAUUACACGAAAUAUCAUCUGGCUUGGAGGAAUCAAAAGUGAACUUUCUGUGGGUGACGAGGAAGAGUGAAUCAGAACUUGAUGAUGGGUUUGAAGAGAGAGUGAAGGAAAGAGGGCUGGUAGUGAGAGAAUGGGUUGACCAGAGGACGAUUCUAGAACACGAGAGCGUUCAGGGAUUUUUGAGUCAUUGUGGUUGGAACUCCGUUGUGGAGAGCAUAUGUGCCAAGGUUCCGAUUCUGGCUUGGCCGAUGAUGGGAGAGCAGCGCCUGAAUGCACGAAUGGUUGUGGAGGAGAUCAAGGUGGGCCUGAGAGUUGAAACAAACAAUGAGUCGGCGAAAGGUUUUGUGAAGUCGAAGGGUCUGGAGAAGAUGGUGAGAGAGCUCGUGGAGGGCGAGGAGGGGAAGGAGGUAAGGAAGAAGGUGAAGGAGUUUGGAGACGCGGCAAAGAAGGCCAUAGCGGAAGGAGGCUCGUCUUGGCGCACCUUGAACCAGCUCGUUGACGAGUUGCAAGGGCUAAGAAAUGACCGUUAGAAGCUUUGGCCUAAAAUUUCUAUAUUUGUUGUUAGAUCACAAAUCAUUGAGGGGUAAAUAUGAUUAAAUAUAACAUGAUUUUG